UGAAACCCUCACUUGUUGAGAAGGACUUGGCUUACUGUAUAUGGAUUGAAAGUACUGCAUGUUAAGAGCAACACUUGGAUCUGAGUACAAUGAUGGAUGCUUUCAGUAAACUCACGACUUGUGCUUCUGCAAAGAUUCGGCAGCUUCAGAAUAUCGUUCAGGACAUUCAGAAAAAUGAUACCAGUUUGCUGAAUACAUUAAAAAGACUGAAAAACAAACCAGUUCCAGAAGUGCCUGUGAGAGAUUACUUAGAUGAAGAAGCUGAAAUUGUGUCUGAACCUGAUUAUGAUAAUGACAUGUAUGACAAUCCACUGCAAGAGUAUGAUGUCAAAUAUGAGCCGCCUCCAAGCCAGAAAUCCAUUACCAGAAGUUCUUCAUCAUCCCUUCUGAUGGGAGACUAUAUUGACAGCUGCCGUAAUGGACCAAAACUGAAACUCAGAAAUGCCUUCAAACAGAAGCAAGAAUUCAGACAACUGACACCUGCACAAACCCUUGCGGACAAUAAUGAAGAGAACUACAUCAGUCCUGAUGGCAAAAACGAUGAUGACAACUAUGUGGAUCCUGCAGACAACCCCCCAGCUUAUUCUAAGAUGUCUGAUGCAAACAGGUGCCACUCCAUGGUACAUGCAACUUUACCAACGUGUCAACACUGUCCAGAUUUUUAUGAAGUUCCAGACCAAGAGGAUAGCAUGUUGGUUCUCCCAGUAGACAGAGUAACAAUGAAGACAUCACCCUCUACUGAGCAACAGGCCACACUUGACACGGAAUAUGAAGUGUGUGAUCAGAACGACAUUGAGCCUGCAAAGCCUUCUUCUUCGUUCCCACCCAAACCUUUGCAAAGAAACAGGUCACCAAAAGCUCAUGUCUGGCUGGGCCAAGAUGUGAAGCAGAGAGACUUGGCGCGUCGAACACUGCCAAGGAUCAACACAGGCCGCAAACUUCCUCCUACAAAGUCUCUAACUAUGGACCUCAAACAAUCAAAGAUUCCUCUUCCACACGAUACCUUUCACGGACAAACAGAUUAUGUUGAAAGUGAGGACACAGACAUUCAUGCCAAGCCGUGGUUUGCUGGGGAAUGUGACCGCAAGACUGCUGACCAACUGUUGUUACACGCAAAUAAAGACGGGGCCUUCAUGGUGAGGAUGAGUUCUGGACAAAAUGCACACCAUCCAUACACGUUGGUGGUGUUUUAUAAGAACCGAGUGUACAACAUUCCGAUUCGCUUCAUACGCAUGAGUCAAAAGUAUGCACUGGGCAAGGAGAAGAAAGGAGAAGAGUAUUUCCGCAGUGUUUCUCACAUCAUCCAGACCCACAGGACCAACCUCCUGAUAUUGAUUGACAGCAAAAGUAACAGCAAGGAUGCUGCCAGGCUCUGUUUUCCUAUGAGGCCUUAGCGAACACUUCUGGCUCCACUUGAAUGUUCCAUCAGCAGCCACAUGGACAUAGUACUACUUUACAGCAACUUUUAAAUAUGUAUUGUACUUAAAAUAAAACAAAUAUCCUCUGUAA